AUGGGUGAUUUUAAUGCCAGACACCCAGAUCUUGGUGAUGUCUCUCCGAUUCCCAACCGCAGUGGAGUUCCUCUGCUCAACUACAUCCAUCGUUACCAUUUAAACCGUUGGGAUAUAGACCUCACCAUUAAAAGUCAUAUUGUUGCCCAUGCCUGGACCUUGGAUCAACGCAUUAUGCAAGCAGAAAGAGUUGCAGCUGAUGCUGGCCUUGCCUUUCAGACACAACCGACACCUAAUCAUCUACUUCAGUAUCAGCAGGCGAGGGAUGAUUUAGUUGCUCUCCAGAAGUGUGUCUACACUGAGGUCAUGAGCAAUUUAUGCAACCUUCGUCUGAUGGCUGCAUUGUUGGAAUCAGACAAGGAGGACAAAGAGCUGAUCACCGAGGAUGAGCUGCGACGUGCUGUUAUGGGGAAAAAAAAUUCUGCUCCUGGGGAUGAUGGCCUUACUUAUCAAGUGCUUCGUCUCCUCCAGAAGGUUCCUGGAAAUCCUCUUCUACAAUUGUAUAAUCUUUGCUACCAACAUGGAUAUGUACCUGCUGGCUGGACCAUUAGCACAAUUAUUCCUAUCCCAAAGCCUGGAACUGAUAAAUAUCGGCCUAUCUCCCUCACCUCAUGUUUUAGUAAAGUGUUUGAGCGUAUAUUACUAACCAGGCUAAUGUACCAGUUGCAAGAAAAAACUUUCUCCCCAUUUGUAUGGCUUUCUUCCUCAGAGUACUCCAUCACUGUUUAG